AUGAACGUUCGUUCCUUUUUCCCCUACGUUCUCAUUUUCAUUUCAACCGAGAUAUUCACUUGUUACAAACUAACCCGCCUAACCCACCCGGGGGAAUCCCUGUUCCGUAAUAAGGGGGAAACAAGAAGGCGCAGAGGAAUUAGAAUUAGCGUUGCCAAGAACCAAACAAGCGGCAUUGACGGUAUAGCCAAUUAUGCUGAUAUCGAAAGGAAAGUAAAAUGCAGAAUUGGGGUGGAAGUCCACGUGCAGCUGAGCACAAAAUAUAAAGCCUUCUGUAACUGUUUUAAUGUCGCUUCUUCACAUAAUGAUAAAACGUAUGAAAGGAAUUAUAUCGAUUUGUGCAAUUUUUUAAAGGACAACAUUUUGAAGACAGGAAAUGAGGCAGCAGAUUUGAAUUGGCUAGGGGGGGUCAUUUCCGCAGAGACGAAACGGUAUAUUAGUGAAGAUCCUAUGUAUACCAUUAAUAGGCCAAACAAACACAUAUGCAACAGGUGUGUAGGCGAGGUGGGCUCCCUAAGCUUACUGAACAGCACGGCUGUCUUGUUCACAUACCUAAUUAGCAUUAUUCUUAAUUGCAACAUAAACAAUAUUAUUACCUUUGAUAGAAAAAUUUAUAAUUAUUAUGACUUGCCUAAAGGUUAUCAGAUUACGCAAAAGGAAACGCCCAUUGGUUUGGACGGUAACAUUUCUGUGCAGGGAAAGAAUGUUCGCAUAAAGAGCGUCCACCUAGAGGAAGACACGAGCAAGUGUUUCUUCCUUCCGCGAAAUGUGGAUAUGCCCGAUCGGGGGGAUACCCCCUGCGAAGGUAGCAAUGAUGGGAAAGGAACUACAUUUAUGGAGGACAGUGACAUUCUGAACCUUAACAAUGGUAAUGACAAAAGGGAAGAGGAUAAUGGGGACAUAAAUGUUGAAUGGUCCACCAGGGACAGUGACAAACUGGUCUCUCAUAGGUGUAACCGAACAGACCAGCCAUCAAACAGCAAUGACGAAGUAAAUAAUUUGAACAAGAAAAUAUUACUAGAUUAUAACCGGUGCGGCAUCCCCCUAGCCGAAAUCGUCGUCGAAGAUGACUACAUGAACGCAGAAGAGUGCAUUAACCUACUGAAGGAGAUAAAAAAUAAAGUGUGCCUCCUUGGAGUAUGCGUGGGGAACAAGGAAAAUAUCAGGUCGGACAUUAACAUAUCUUUUGAAUACGACAAUGUGAAGUACAGCAGAGUUGAAAUAAAAAAUGUUAACAGCUUCAGAAAAAUUAAGAGUUGCAUAGAGCAGGAGAAGAAAAAUUUUAUUAAUCGAAUUAUCACAGAGGGAACAGAAAGAAGCCACCAAUCCAUGUCAAACGAAAUGUAUACGAAAAGCUACCUAGACAGUACGCAUUACGUUGUCAGGAAAAAGGAAGUAUACAAUUAUGUGCACGAAAGGAACAUCCCCCAAUAUAAGCUCAGCAAACAUGUUAUAAAGCUGCUAAAAUUUUAUGUUAAUUAUAAAAUAAAAAUAUACGAGGAUGAAGUGAAGUACAAUUGGUCCAAGCAAUAUUUUCAUGUCUUCCUGAAUGAUCCCUUUUUAUAUAACUAUUUUAAUGAAUGCCUAAAAUUUGAGGAAGAAAAAUAUGUGUCCAAUUUUAUAGUUAAUAUACUCCUCGACGUGAUUAAAAAGAAAAAUAUGCUUUCCAAAAAUAUCUUAAUAAAGCCGAAAAACUUUUGCUUCCUCAUUAACUAUGCUAUGAAGAACAACUUAGACAACACCUCCUUGAAGGCGUUCCUCUUUAACUAUGUGGAUGUAGGAUUCGAAAAUGAGCUCCUCCUCGAAACAUUUAAAAACGUGGACGUUGCAGAAAUGGAGCAGGAUUUGAAAAAACUCAUUGACGAUAAUAUACAGCAUUUAAAAAUCGAUGGGGAAAAAAAUGUCCUCAAUGAGCAAAACUUUAAGAACAGAAUUAUGGGACUUUUGAAGGGCCAAAUGAGUCAACGUGGUUCGCAGGUGCACGUCAACUACAAGUCGGUGAGCGCAUUCAUUGACGAUUACGUAAGGAGAUUGACAUGA